AUGGCAUCAAGCAUUACAAAACCAAUAAAUGCAGCAGAAAUAUUUUGUCGUAGCAAUGCUUACCCUCGCUGUGGAAAAUGUACUGAUUGGCGUUAUGACGGUGAUUUCAAGCAUGAUAUAGUGCGUUAUGAGCGUAGAGAAUCUAAGGACAUCAAUGAUGAGAAGCGUUGGCAUCGUCAUCCUAAUGCAACAUGUUUUCGCCAUGGUACUCAACAUUUUCAUCAUACAAUUUUUUUCGUUCUUGUUCUUUUAUUUAUCUCUGUCAAUGCGGUUGUUAGCAAACAUAUUUGUUGUAUUUUUGGCGUUUACCCUUUACCCUUGAUAAUGCCAGAGACAUAA